AUGGAGCGCCAAUCUUCUGAAUACAAGUUCGUCACCGUCGACGCCGGCGAGGAGGGAACCUUUCAGCCCGUCACCAAGUCCAUCCGGAGCCAUGCCAUCCGGACCGCCAUCCAACGGGGCGGCUCCCAGCUGGGGGCCUCGACGGCCCUCGUGUCUCAAGGGACCAUAAGGGGCAAGGCGCACUUGAAGGGCCGCUUCAGGCUGGGCGGCGUAGCGGCCAAGACUAGAAAGGCCAAGAACCAGAGCCGCAAGAACACUGCCGACCCUCUGUCCCCGGAUAUCUACGAGUUGCUGUCAGAGACAUCUCCUCCGCCAUGGAUCCAACGGCUGGGCAGUGACAGCGCCGACCCCUUCAACACGUUGCCGAUACCCAGCAGUCCAUCGGUUGACGCCCUCGUCAAGUACUUCACCACCAGGUUCAAUCUCAACUCGACCACGACGGACACGCAGCGGCCAUGGUUCCCCUACGCCAUGCAGAGCGCUCUCAUCAUGCGCGCCACGCUCGCCCUGGCCGCCGAGUUCCUGACAGCGACGAUGCCGUCGCCCGACCCCGAGCUGCAGCGGGAAGGGUACCAGCAAAAGGGCGAGGCCAUGCGCAUCGUCCGGAGCCGGCUCGAGUCCCGAGACUCGGCCCAGAGGGCGAGCGACGACCUGUCGGUGCUGGCCGGGGUGGCCAUGUUGGGGAGCGUUGAGGCUUUCCAGGGGCGCUUCUCGGCCGCCAACGUCCACCUGACCGGGCUCCACGCCAUGAUUACGGCCCGCGGCGGACCGGACACGAUCAGGCACGAUUACAUCCUCUGCCGAUCUAUCAACUGGUGUGUGUGA